AGUAUUAAACAGUACGUUACCGUUAUGCAAAGCCUAAAUAUAUGAGAGUAGCGUUUGUUUCCGUUUCCGUACCAAUUUACGUUCAUUUCGGCCCAGUAUCAUGACAUCCGUCGUCGGUCUCAAAUAAUACUGUCAACUUCCGUCUGGUUUUUUAGCAUUUCCGGUUACCGCCACCACCGAAGGCAGUUGAGUUUUGAGGCUCAAUAUUUUAAUCAUUAGGCGUUUGGAUUUCAACCGAGACGGUUGUGGCUGCAGCCUAUGCACGAGCACUGUCUCAAUAGUACCAAGAAGUAAAUAUACCUAUCGUUUUCAGUUUUAUACCUGAGGGUAAAAGUAAGUUUUUUCGAAAAGUGAUUAUUUUUCCACGACAAAAACUGUAAGUAUAUUUCGUUUAUUAGUCAAAAAUAUUACCUAUUUCUUUUCAAAUCAUCGCCCUAUGUUAAUCGCAUAGUACAAAUAACAUUUAAAGCUUUUCUAGAAUAUAAAACAGAAAAAACGACAGGUAUAAGUAUUAAUAAUGUUUAAUGGAUAAACGGUGUUACCGUUCGUAAGUUAUUAUUUGUUUAUAUCCAAGCAAAUAUUUUAAAUAUUUUCUAACGGUAAUCAACUGCCGUUAGAUAUCAAUUUCAGGAGUUAUGGAUAAUCCCGGCCCAUCUACAAGUACAGCGAGCAUAGUGGAAUGUCAGGAACCAGACAAGGAUACAAGGAGGAAUCGCAAGCGUAGUAAGAAACGCAAACGAAGCAAGAAGCGCAGCCGUAAGUUAUUGAACAAAUUGAUUAAGGAGGUUAGCUUUCUGAAAAAUCAAAUGGCAUGCACGAAUAACACUGGAUCUCGAGAUCAUAUUGAUUUAGACGUUAGUGGCGAGUUGUUCGAAAACGAAUCUCUAUCAGAACAUUGUAACGAACCCGCAGAAUUAAAUUUUACAAUGAGCACUAAAACUAAAGAACCAUCUGUUCCACCAACAUCCCCCGAAAUGCUGCAACUUUUGAAAGAUUUACAAAGAUUUGAUAAUCCUGAGUGGGUUAAUGUCCGCUACGCUGACAUUCAAAAACUGUACAGUCAAUCGCCUGGUUUUGUAAAUCUUGAAGCAAAUGAUGAAGUGCGACGAUUAGAUGUUUCAAAAAAUACAGCUAAUAUGGAAAAGGCUUUCGCAUCCAUAACAUUUGCCUUACUGAAACAGCGCGACGCGCUACAGAAGGAUAUGCAGGAACUUUUGAAUUAUGCUCACCAAAACCAACCCUUAGAGUACAAAGACUUGCAUGCGAAGAUUUCAGGUAUCUUUUCAGAUGGAAAUUAUUGCAAAACAACUGCAGAUGCAUUACAGUUGGUAUGUGGUCACAGAUCUGAAUUAGUGCAACAUAGAAGAGAAGCUAUUCUGGCAGCUGUAAAAGACCCUUACCACAAAAGCGCUUUAAGGAAAAUACCGCCAUCUUGCAGCCAUCUCUUUGAUGCAGAUAAAUUCAGCGCUGUUCUAGAAAAAUCUGGUGGAGUCAAAAAAGUAUUCUGGUGCAAUGAAAAAGAUCGCUACCCUGCACCGCAGAACGAUCAAAAAAACCCAGUACAAAUACAAAAUAAAAAUACGGGUAAGUCUGGCUACAAAGAUCUCCGAUCUGGCCCUAAAAAUAAUGUUAAUUCGAAUUUUCGUGGUAGAGGCACCAAGAGAAGACCACCAACACGAGAAGUUUCAUACCGGAACACUGCAGACCGGCGCUCUCCCUCGUCCCACCGGGACAGGAGAGGACAAACCCGGCGCAAAUAUUGACUCGACCAGCAACUUCAGUGCAGGGAAACUCAGUCGGUUCUACGACCAUUGGGUCAACCUGGGGGCCCCACCCCAUAUACUAAAAAUGAUCACCGGUUAUCGAAUACCGUUCAAGAAAAGGCCAAUCCUGUUCUUACCAAACAUCAAUUCUCAGGAAACCGCACACACAGAGGAGAUGGAUCAUAUCAUAAACAAAAUGCUGAAGCAGAAAAUACUCGAAAAAGCAUCACUUUCUCCAAGCUUCAUUUCCACUAUGUUUCUCCGUCCAAAACCAGACGGCACGUGGCGACCAAUCUUCAACCUCAAGGCACUAAACAAAUUUGUCGAAGUGGGAAAAUUCAGAUUGGUGAACAUCCAACGAGUUCCAGACUUCCUGCAAUCUCAGGACUGGAUGGCCAAAAUCGAUAUCCACCAGGCAUAUUUUCAUCUAAAUUUUUCGGUGAGUCACAGACGCUUUCUUCGCCUCAUUUACAAAGGCCAGUUGCUACAAAUGACUUGCUUACCCUUCGGGCUGAGUUCUGCACCAAAAACUUUCGCCACAUUGACCAACUGGGUGGCCCAAAUACUGAGAGACCAAGGAAUACGUAUAUUAAUAUAUUUGGACGACUUCCUAUUGGUUCACCAAAACCCAGCCACGCUAAAACACCAGAUAAAUGUAGUAAUAGAAACACUAACAUACCUGGGCUGGACAAUAAACACAGAGAAGUCGAUAUCAACACCACAGCGGUGCCUCGAAUUUCUCGGCGUAGUAUGGGAUCCCUGGAAAAACAGGAAGUAUCUACCAGAGCGAAUAACAUCGAAAGUACUCUCUCAAACAUCAGCCAUGCUCAAAUCCAGCAAAGUCACACUGAAAGAGCUGCAACGGAUUAUUGGCGUCAUGAAUUUUGCAAGCUUCACAGUCCCAAGAGGCAGACUCCACUAUCGUUUCCUGCAACGUCAACUAAACUCUCUUCUGAGGUCCGAACCGACGAAAUCUGUAUCACUAACGGUGAAGGCGAUGAGAGAAUUGAACUGGUGGCACAAGAACUGCACAAACUACUCCCAGUUGCACGAGCCAAUACCAAAUCACUACUUGACAACAGAUGCCAGCGACGUGGGAUGGGGAGCCAAGCUAGACGAUCAGAGCAUCCUUGGAACGUGGACAAAUUCACAACAAAAUUUACAUUCCAAUCAAAAGGAAAUGAUUGCGAUAUUCAACGUCCUGCGAGGCCACGCUCAGCUCCUGGCGUGCAAAAGUGUCCUAGUCCAGUCCGACAACAAAACUGUUGUCUCUUAUCUUCGCAACGAAGGAGGGACAAAAUCAUACAAACUCACAGAAUUGGCAAUGAAGAUCUUUCUCAUUUUGGACCAACACAAAAUACACAUGAGCAUUUAUCACAUACCAGGUAUAUACAAUUGCCAUGCAGAUCACCUUUCUCGACUAAAACUGCGACCAGAAUGGCAUCUGUUACCUCAAAUAACUCACAUAAUUUUCAAGAAAUGGGGAGAGCCACGAAUCGAUCUAUUCGCAUCUCAUCGCGCUCACGUAGUACCCACUUAUUGCACUCUCGACAGACAGGACAUGGGAGCUGCAUGCUACGACGCACUAGGAGUAACUUGGGAUUAUUCACUGGCAUGGGUGUUUCCUCCACCGCACCUAAUACCGAAAGUUCUGUCACACCUGAACAAAGCAAGGGGAUUGUACCUAAUAGUGGCGCCUCGGUGGGAGCGAGCGUUCUGGCGACCAGACCUGAAGAGCCGAGCAACAGCUGCACCUUUCACGAUCAGGAACCUACCACAAGUUCUGGUAGACGUAACAACCGGUCUACCACCACCCAACGUGACAGAAAUGGUCCUGGAAGUGUGGAGAUGUGGGGCUGGAACAAACACUUAACCAACUGGACACCUGAACAAAAGACUCUGCUUUCAGCAAGCUGGCGCGAGUCAACGCUUAAGACCUAUAAAUCUGCAUGGAAGAAGUGGGUAUCAUGGACUUCAGAAAAUCAUGUAAAUGCUGAAGAACCUACCGGGUCAGACCUAGCCAGAUACUUAACUGAUCUUUUUCAAAAGGAUAACCUGGCGCUCAGCACAAUAAUGGUUCAUAAAUCUGCCGUGGCAACAUUCUGUAACCCUAGUGACCGCGAUAAACUAAGCUCACACUUAUUAGUUAAACAGAUCCUAAAGGCUAUUUCAUUAGCUAAAUCAAAACCAUUAAAACCACCCAUAUGGGAUGUCGAAGUCUUGAUACAACACAUGACUAAAAGCGCAAUUGACUCAUCAAAGCUUUUCGAAGUUGCUCGUCACACUGCAGCUAUUUUACUGCUUUGUUCAAGUCGAAGAGUACAUGAUCUUACCUUACUCAAAAUAAACUCUAAACACUGCAUUAUAUCUGAUGACCAUAUUACACUUUGGCCAGCUUUUGGAUCUAAAACGGACACCUCUGACUAUCGUCAAUCCGGUUGGAGGUUACUGCAUAAUAAGAACAAUAAACAAUUGUGUCCCGUCCACUGGAUAAAACACCUAAUCCAGGUAUCACAACCAAGAAGAGAACUUGCCAAAUCUGAUAAUUUAUUUAUAACUACUGUCGGCGUUCCGAAACCAGCAUCACGUACAAUCAUUGGAGGCUGGUUAAAAAAGCUUCUUGAGGAAGCUAACAUUGAUGCUACACCUGGCAGCUUUCGGUCAGCUGUGGCAUCCAAAAAUUGGAUAGAGAAUUAUCAAAUGGAUGACAUCCUGGCUAGAGGUAAUUGGAAGUCAGCGAAGACAUUCCAGAAAUUCUACAGGCGCGAAAUUAGUGCGCCUUCUAACAAUACGAGUUCUAUCUCUUCAUUAUUUACGCCAAUUAAUGAAUAACAAAUUGAUUUUGUUAAAAUUUAUUAUAAUUUUUAAUUACACAAUUAUUUGUAUGCCUGAUACAUAAAUGUUUUGUAAGAAGAUACUAAUAUCACAAUAAAUAGUUUUGAUUACAAAAUACACUAUAUUUUCUAUUUUCCCUUACAAUAUAGUCAGAUGCCUGACCUAUGUGUUUUCCUGAUUAUGUCUCAUAAUGCUGUCCGCCACCACCAGGCGAUAAUAAACACGUCUCUCAUAUAUUUAGGCUUUGCAUAACGGUAACGUACUGUUUAAUAGAUACAUUUUACCUGAAAAUAAAAUGUUUAUUAAACAUGCUUACCUUAUGCAAAGCCUAACAUUUUUAUAACCUGCCUGGUGAAAAAUCAGAGCCUAAUGAUUAAAAUAUUGAGCCUCAAAACUCAACUGCCUUCGGUGGUGGCGGUAACCGGAAAUGCUAAAAAACCAGACGGAAGUUGACAGUAUUAUUUGAGACCGACGACGGAUGUCAUGAUACUGGGCCGAAAUGAACGUAAAUUGGUACGGAAACGGAAACAAACGCUACUCUCAUAUAUUUAGGCUUUG